GCCAGUUUGGAUCAGCUGUCUGGGCCGUACCCCCUCCCCUCCCGGCUCCUCAUGCACCCGGCAGAGAGGGGAGGCUGGAGAAGUCCCUGACCGGUGUAAGCCCUGCCUAGCGACGGCUAAAACAUCAGUGCGUUAUCAACGUUUUCUUCACGGUAGCUGGUGUAGCGCCGUGUUUCGGAUUUAGUGUGAAAAUAGUUAACUCUGUCCCAGCUAAAACCGUGACAAUUGUGUCACUUGGGCUCUGCCGGCGGCGGCGUGGGCAACAGCAGCGUUACGCCCGUGUGUGCGCAGCCCCGCUGAGGCGGGCGGCCCCAUGGGUGCAAGGCUGGGCUGAGCAGGGUCCCGAGCCCCGCUCCGCUGAUGAGGGGAGGUGGGGGGCGUGGGGGUGUUCAUUGGCUGCUCUGGAUGGGUGGUCUCCGGCCGCGCUCGGGGCCGUCCACCCUGCUGCCGCAGCACCGGCGCCACUCGGGGAAGGCGGCUGCGGGGGCCCAGCGCGAGGGAUGCUGGCAGCUGCACGGCGCCCGCCCCUGCACCGCAUGCACGGCCCCGCGCGCCGGGGCCCAGGCGCAGAGCUGCACUGCGGGCUAGGCUGGACGCAGCGGCAGCGAUGCUCCAGCGCUGAGCGCGGCCGGUGUGUCAUGGGGCAUCCUGGGGGCUGGCUGGGGGCCGCCAUCACCCGCCUCCUGCUGCUGCUCGGUGUCCCGGUGCUCUGCUCGGCAGGGCUGGGGGAGCCGGGGCCCACCAUCGAUGGGCAGCUGCUGGCAGAGUGCACGCUGCGGGAGGAGGAGAGCCGUGCCUUCACCUGCCGGGCCCCCCGGACAGCCCCUGGCGCCGCGCUGGCAUGGUACCUCGAUGGCCAGAAGCAGGAGGCAAACUGCUUGGCCGCGGGCACUGCCAGCACCCUCACCCUCACCGCCCGGCGCAGCGACCGUGAGCUAAACUGCUCCCUGAUCGACCCGGCCUCUGGGGACACCUACAACGCCUCCGUCCUCCUUGACGUGCAGUAUAAGCCAGAGAUCCUGCAGGCAGAGGCCCGCUACCAGGAGGUCGAGGGCGCUGGGCUCCUCCUGCUGCUCUCCGUGCUGGUGCAAGCCAACCCACCCGCCAGCAUCACCUGGGUGGACCAGGACGGGCGUGUGAUGGCCAACGCCUCCGAGUUCCUCCUCCUGGGCACCACGCGCUACCCAGGACUGGCCAACCACUCGCUCCGCGUCCACCUGGGCAGCACGGCUGGCAACUUCUCCAUCAGCGCUGCCAACAGCGUGGGUGUCACCACCGCCUCCCUCCUGCCCCCAGGUCUGCUGGAUGCCCGCGUGGAGCUGCCCCUCCUGGGCGUUGCCGUCGGAGCAGCCCUGGCCCUGGGCGCCCUGCUCAGUCUGGGCUCCUGCGCCGCCUGCCUGGCGUGCCGCCGGGCCGAGCCGGUGCCAGGUAAGGGGCAGGCGGGAGGGAGCAGCCCGCUCAGCCGCUGCUCCCCUUGCAGCGGCUCUGAGCAUCUGCAGCCCCGGGGGGCGCGUCUGCCCCGCCAGACCCGGUCCCUGCCGCCCGACCUGCGCCUCGGCGACCUCGCGCAGGAGCCCGGAGCGUCCCCCAGGGAUGUGGGAGCCGGUGCCAGGGAAGAGGAGAUCUUCCUGCCGGGGCUGGAGAACUCCCUGGUCCUCAGCAAGCUCGGUGAGGGGGUGCAGGGUUCAUCCAGCUCCCGACGUCCGGGCGUGUCUACAAAGUGCCGAGCACGAGCAGCGAUGAGAUCUGGCUGUGAGCCGCGGUGCGGUGCCCCGGCGGCGGGGCUGCCCACCCCCAGGCUGCUUUGGUCAAAUCUCAACGUCCAGCAGCAGAUGAACGUUGAUCCAGGGGAUGCAGGUUUAACGGGAGGCGUCAAGCAAGGCUUAACACGUCUGCGGCUUGUGAAGUUGCACCGUACCAACCGAUUUCUGCAGCCAGAGGAGCAGCUGGCAAACAAAACACGGAGUAAAACCAGGCGGUGACAACCGAAAGGAAACAAAGCUUCACCUGAAGGAAACAGAUCCAAAGUCUGUACCAAGACUUGCCUGAAGCAAGGCUUAGACCCGCUGCAGUUUAAAGCUAUAGCUUAAAGAAAAAGGUUAGUUUUUUCUGCUUGUUAAAGCCAAGUUAUCAGCUGUGCUGCAGCAACGAUAGCCAUGUAGACAAAAGUAAGAGUAAAACGCAAUGUUUUUGCUACAGCCGGCAUGGAGCAAGCGCCUCCUCCCUCCAUCUCAACUCACUGUGAUG